CCACUGUCAAGUCUUGCAUUAGCGGACAACCCCACCACAUAUCUGUGAGAAUGGCUGGGCACGCUUUGAGGUCAACGAUUUGAAUCUUAUGGGGCAAUUACGUCUAGCUAACGUUAACUGAGAAGUAAUCGCUGACAGAGGAAUUGUCCCGUGUCAUGGGGGCCGCACAGACCAGGGUACCACAAGCGCGAACGUUCACCAGAGGGUUGCAGACCGUCACAUUAAUCCCUGGAGAUGGAAUUGGUCCGGAAAUUUCUAGUGCAGUCAUGAAGAUUUUCGAAGCCGCAAAAGCUCCCAUUCAGUGGGAAGAGAAAAAUGUCACCGCCAUCAAAGGGCCAGGCGGAAGGUGGAUGAUCCCACCUGAAGCGAAAGAGUCCAUGGACAGGAGCAAGAUUGGCCUGAAAGGGCCUUUGAAGACACCAAUUGCUGCUGGUCACCCCUCAAUGAACCUGCUUCUGAGAAAGACCUUUGACCUCUACGCCAACGUGCGUCCCUGCGUGUCAAUCGAGGGCUACAAGACGCCAUACACGGAUGUGGACCUGGUCACCAUCCGCGAGAACACGGAGGGAGAAUAUAGUGGGAUCGAGCACCUGAUUGUUGACGGGGUGGUACAGAGUAUAAAGCUCAUCACUGAGAAUGCCAGCAGGCGUAUUGCUGAGUAUGCGUUUGAGUACGCCAGAAAUAACCAGAGAGCCAGUGUUACCGCUGUCCACAAAGCCAACAUUAUGCGCAUGUCUGAUGGGCUGUUCCUACGGCAAUGCAGGGAGGUGGCUGAGAAAUAUAAGGAUGUGAAAUUCACAGAGAUGUACCUGGAUACAGUGUGUCUGAAUAUGGUACAAGAUCCCACAAACUUCGAUGUGCUGGUGAUGCCAAAUCUCUACGGUGAUAUCUUGAGCGACCUCUGUGCUGGACUGAUUGGCGGUCUUGGAGUGACACCUAGCGGGAACAUUGGAGCCAAUGGCGUCGCUAUAUUUGAAUCGGUCCACGGCACGGCCCCGGACAUCGCCGGGUUGGACCUGGCCAAUCCCACGGCCCUCCUGCUCAGUGCCGUGAUGAUGCUGCGGCACAUGGGUCAGCACCCCCUUGCGAAGAGGAUCGAGACGGCCUGCUUCGACACCAUCAGAGACAAGAAGGUCCUGACCAAAGACCUUGGUGGAAACUCCAAGUGCUCGGAGUUCACAAAUGAAAUUUGCCGAAGAGUCCAAGAUCUAGAAUGAGUGAAGAUACUGACAGGAGACUGUCUUAACUGCUCUUAAGGCUGGACCAGGAAAACAAAAACCCACAAGCCUAGUAAAGCCCACCUUCAUAUCAUUCUUAUACUAACGCACAAUAUGUACUCCAUGUAUACUGGUUGUACUGUACUGUAUGUAUGUGUGUAUAUAUACAGUACAGUAUGUAUAAAAUAUAUUAAAAUGUAAUGUAUGUGUCUAUUGAAACAGGCGAUGUGACCUGAAAGUUUUAACCAGAACACAAACCUCUCUUGCAUUCUGCAUUCUGUCUUUUGGUUUAUGUGAUUGUGAGAUGUAUUGUUAUUUAAAGGAAACCAAACUGCUUAAAUGUUCUGAUUUAAUGACCAACUUUGGCCUUUGGUCCUAUACAUUUGGUUUUGUUAAACGGGUCUGCUUUAAUCUGCUGAUGAGUCAGUGGUAAAUGUGACCUAAUCUGGUUUCAGAAUUCAUUAUGGUACAUUAAAUUGUGAAAAUAUUUUGAAUGAAA